CCGCCAGAUGGCAGCAGUGCGGUCACAUGGCGCGGCUCACCUGAACAAUGACAGGAGAAGAAGACCCGUUGCUGCGGCUGCUGCCUGCAUCAUCCUCCGAACGAAGCAGCAGAAAUCAUGGCGUUCACAUUCGCGGCCUUUUGUUAUAUGCUUGCUCUGCUGCUAACGGCGGCGCUUAUCUUCUUCGCCAUUUGGCAUAUAAUAGCAUUUGACGAGCUGAAGACGGACUACAAGAAUCCAAUAGAUCAGUGUAACACUUUAAAUCCGCUGGUGCUGCCCGAGUACCUCAUCCACUUCUUCUUCUGCGUGAUGUUCUUCUGCGCCGCAGAGUGGCUCACGCUCUUCCUCAACCUACCGCUGCUGGCGUAUCACGUGUGGAGGUACAUGAGCAGACCCGUGAUGAGCUGCCCGGGACUCUACGACCCCACCACCAUCAUGAACGCAGACAUCCUGGCCUACUGUCAAAAGGAGGGCUGGUGCAAGCUGGCCUUCUACCUGCUGUCCUUCUUCUACUACCUUUACGGGAUGAUCUACGUUCUGGUGAGCUCCUAAAACGGGUCGACCCGCACGACCAGAAGCAAAGAUCCGGUGCUGGAAGACUGAACCCGCUGGGCCUCGCGGCUCGGCGAUGACCUGGACUCGGCGCAGGCCGUCACCCCCUGAAACAUUCUGGCUCUUCACCGACACGUCUGCUCCUCACGGUUCUGCAGAACCGCUCAUGGAAGACAUCUGAAUGGACCCCCCCACACACACACACUUUUUUAUUGGUUGUUUUUGAUCCGCUUGAGAUUUAAAUAAAGUUUUUCAUCCGUCAUCAGGACGGCGAGCUGAUUCGUUGCCGCCGAAGACUCAGCUGGUAUUUCUGACGGGGGGGGGGGCACGUGGACAGAGACGUUUGUUUACUCAUCAUGUAAUCUGUGACUCCAGAUUAUUGGAUUACGUCUGCAGACAAAGGUCGAGUUUAACUUUGACCUUUGGAUUUCAAACAUUUCCUCCUAUUUAUUCCUAGUUUUUAAUUUAGAGGAUUGUGUUUCUGCCCCGAACACUCCAAUGAUGUCAUUUGUGGGUGUGGCCAGACUUUCACUGUUUGUCAUUUCUGUCAUGUAGAUUCAUUUCCCCGUGUCGCAUUAAAACAUUUAUUUCAAUC